UCCCCAUCUCACUUCAGCCAAUCAGCGCCGCUUUUGUAGCGAGGUGUCUCUUUGUGCUUAAGCGUCCAGGUUCAGGCACAAUCUGCCUGUUGACUUAAGUGUUGUUAGUCUUGUCAAACAGCGUUUUAGUGUCAGAUAGAAAGAGGGAAGUGUGUUAGCUUCUUUAACUGACUGUUCUGAUGUUAUUUAACAAGUGAAGCUAUGAAACAGAAGUAAAACAGUUCUACUCGUGAAACAAAGCGUCUCACUAUGUUGAAAUUCAACUUCAGGAGGGAGAAAGACCAGGACUUUAGACAUAUAGCUCCUGGUCUGAUCCCUGCUGCCUCCCUUGCUCCUAAGCCGGCUGUUCCUCGUACCCCGCCCCCACGUAGCCCGAACCCCUCACCUGAGAGACCCAGGUCAGCCUUAGCAGCAGCCAUCUUGUCUUCCUCGCUCACUGGGCAGACAUGGGCCAUCCCUCAAAUCAGGUCGAGGUCUUUCUCUGAGAGUGACCACUCUGAGUCCUUCACAUCAGAACCAAAUGUCAGCACAGCAAUGUACACAAGAGACAGAUGGUCAGAGGAUCUGGCUGGCCGGCCCCGCCUGUCAUCACCUGAACAUUCAGAGGAGGAGGAGGAGGAGGAGGAGGAGGGGGUGGACAAGGAAGAGGGGGUGGAGACUGAGGAGGAAAGAGAAGAACAUGUCUAUCAAACUCUGGAUGGACAAGAUAAAAGCUCAGUCACAGAACCUGUCUAUGCCGUGUCACUAAAACCGAAGAUCAGUAGAACCCAGCCGGCUCUGGUGUCUGAAGGACGUGCACCUUCUUCAGAAACAAGUGUCCAGUCACCUGGAGCCAGCAGUGAUUCUCUGGAGAGAGCGUCUGUCAGGAGGAGAUCUGAAAGUCAGAGAGAUGAUGUGCCAGUCACACUGCCCAUUCCAACCACCGACAAUCCCAGCCAACUCAGCAAAGCCAAAACCCCCAAACACCCUGCCCAGCAGUCCCCCAAGCCCAGGAGAACAGUGACAGCACAGAGGGAGGUUCAGAGGGAGGAAAUGCUGGCGCUUCAGAACAGAAUAAUGGUUGAUGAUCAAAAGCAUCUGGAGGAGAGACUGCAACGGCUGGAACAGGAGAUCAGUCACAAUCGGGCCUCCUCACACCUGAGAUCCUCUGCAGGAAGCCAAGCAGAACUACAGAAUCUGAGACAACAUGCCCAGGAGCUUGUGGAUGAAAAUGACGCUCUCAAACUGACAGUACACCGUCUAAGUGUGGAGCUAAGCCGCUACCAAACCCAAUUCAGACCUUUGACCAAACAGGAGAGCUCCAGAAUCAGUGGCUUACCAAAAACAGGGUCCCCUCCUCCCUGGCUGCUCGACAUGAAGCAUUUAUCUCCUCUGCUCCUGGCGUAUGAAGACAGGAUGAAUGAGAAAGAUGCACUUCUACAAAUCACUGAGGAGGAAGUGAAGAGGUUGCGAGUCCAUGUAGAGGAAGUAAUCAAAGAAAAUGAGAGACUUCAUGAUGAAAUUGCUAAGACUGGAGGGGUCAGCCAGAAGGACUGUCAUCAACUACAGCAACAGGCCUUCCUGGUUUUGCAGGAGAACCAGGUUCUGAUUGAUCAGCUCGAGGCUCAGCAUGUUAAGGCAAAAGCCAAUCACAACAGACACCACUCUGAAGUUUCUAAGGUGUCUAAGCAACUGAUGCUGUUGGAGGCUGAAAAGCAGCAUCUGCUGCAGGACCUGGAGGAGAGCAGGAGGGAGCUGCAGAAAAAUGUAAGGGAGGUAGAAGUUCUGCAGGCCCGCCUGAAGGAUUCAGUCACCUGGGAUGAACAUUGCAACAUUGCUGGGAGACUUAGAAGGCAGUUGGAGCAGCAGGAGAGCAGGAAUGAGAGUGAGAUGGUGGAGAUGCAUCUUAGACUGUCCAGCCUGCAGGUGGAGAAUAGGAAUCUGGCUCUGGACAAAGCCAACCUGUCUGCUGAUGUGAAGAAAAUGGUAACUGAGCUGGAGCUUACCAGACAAACCAACAGGAAGGCAGAGAGGAGGAUGAGUCUGUUAAAGCAACAGAAGGAAGAGUGUGUGCUAAAAGAGGAAAAGACUCGCCAUUACGUGGGAGCUGUCAUUUCUGUGGCGGAGCACGUUUCCCAGGAGAGAGACAAACUGCUGCAGAUGGCUUCGGUCCUUCAGCAGGAGAAGCAGAGAUUCAUCAGCAGGAUUCUAAAAGGCACGGCCCAAUUUGGGAAACUACAGGAAGAUGUCAAAGUGUACCGGAGGAAGGCGUCAACUAGACUGGCAGUGUUGGAAGAGGCAGCAGAGGGGAGGACAGCUUCUCACCAGAGGGAGAUCCUUCACUUGCAGAGGCUGCUCAGAGAAAGACAGGAGGCAGAGGAGAGACUGCUGCAGUCCAAACGGGAAAUAGAGGAAGAGUUGGAGGUUGUGUGGCAGGCAGCUUCCAGAGAGAACCAGAAGAUGAAGGAAACCCUCCUGGACUCCAAGUUCACUACAAACCUCCACAGUCCAGAUGAGGCCACUACAUACAACCAGCAGCAAGCACACAGCUCGGAACCUCUCCUAUCUGACUCUCCUCAAAGCUCGGGUCUUCAGAAAAGGGUCAUGCUUACAUCUGACUCAAACAAUUCUUCUGAUGAGAAGCAAAAGCAUGGACUGGAUUUCUACUGCUGAAAUGUCUGGAGCCAUUACCUGCACUAUAGGUGUGUUCACUGGUGCUGGAGACACAGGGUGAAUGGCUGUUAGUUACAGCCCUGAACACUAAAACAUACAAGCAUACAAGCAGAUGUCAGAUUGACUUUGUGUGGAAACAGCACCUUAAAUGUGCACUAUUGUUUCAGAUAAAUCUUUUUCUUAGCUCAACAAAUACUUCUUAGACCUCUGAGGAAAACUUGAUUAAGGACACCAGGGUUGCGGUAAACAUUGGUGCCUGAUAAAAGAACAUAUAAAACACUACAAAUCCACAUAUAACACCUUUGACUUUACUGCUCAGUUGUCAUAGUGUUGCCAAAUAUACUUCACAACAGUCUGUUGUCAGUUGUCAAAGAAAACGGUCAAAUCUGUAAACAAACAGUAAGGACACCAUUAUUAUUGAGUGUUAUUUUAAUUUAUCUGUAUUUUUUAAUAAGUCUCAGGGGUUUAAGACCAUGCCAAGAACAGCAGAUAACAGGUUUACCCAGGAGUGAAGAAAAAGUUGCAUUGAUGAAAGCUUGAUUACAGUUAUUGAGUAUUAUAGAACACGUCAAUGUUGCCAUCUGCUGGACACGUGGAAAUGUUGUUGUCACAGUACAAACAUUAUGGUACAGAGCAGCCACACAUGGGACACUUUAAAAGUGUUGAGGUAGAAUAUGUGCUGCGCUGAUGCACUUAUAUUUAUGUAUUUAGUUUUGGCUCUGCUUGAUUUUUAACACUACACCUGUAAAUUAUCGGGUUAUAUUUUAGCACUAGUCUGAUUCGGCUAAAUUUGCGACCUGUUUUAAUCCGCGAAUUAAAAUGUUUAUGAUAAAGUGAUGGAAUUACUUUUUGGGCUUUUGUGCAGAUAAUACAUUUUCUGUUGUUAUUGCAUUAAUUUAUGCUCUUUUUCUUGAACAGUGUUCUUUAUUGGAGUGGUUUGUAUGAAAAUAUUUGUUUUUCCACUUUUGCUGUCACCUCUAUCGAAGGAGCUAUCAUAUUAAACCUUCAUCACAAGACUCUAUUCUUACUGGAUUACACCAGAACCACAGGGGUAGCACUGUCUAUGUAGUGAUGUACCACAAACACACAGGAGCACAACAGUGGUGCUGUUCUCAAAUAUAUGAUAUAUUUUAAGGGAUAAGGAAGACUUCUAAUAGCUGGUGUGGUGGUAGAACAUGCAGCUGUCCAACAAAUAAACAGCCAAAUGAUGGACUUAAGCCUUUCAGCACUCAAAUAUAUAAAACAAGAGCAGUGUAAACUCCCAGAGGCCCAAUCAAAAAAUUGUAGCAAACAUCUAUUAAUGAUUCUGGUUACUAAGACUUGAAUAAAAAGUAAAGCGUUUUUAUAUUAACCUUA